GGGCGCGCGGAGCCACGCCGCCAUGGGGGUGUGCGGCCCAGGGCUGCCGCCGCCGCGCAGGGGGGCUGCUGGCCUCCGUGGGCCGGCGGGCAGCGCCCGCUGAAGACGGCGGGGAGGCAGCACUCAGGCAUGGCUGAACCGCUCCGCAGGACACUCUCCAAGCUGCGGGGCAGGAGGUCCCAGCGAGGGGCGGCCGCGGGCACCGGGCACCGCCACGGUGGGGUUUGCGCCCCGCAGGAUUUAAUAGAAAAUGUUUACAUAGCUUCAAGGAGCAGGAAGGAGCCCAGGUACCCCCAGGCCAGCGAGGUUCCUGAGCACAGGCUGCAGGUGAACAGCAUUACUGUUUCCAAGAAACGCAGCUGGCUGCAGCAGAGCACCCACCAACCUCCUCCUCCUCCUCCUCCAGAAGAAAAUGCCUGUAAAGAAACACAUGGGGCUGUUAUCCUGGUACCCAAAUCUCCCAUCCCACUGACUGAACCCACAGUGCCACAGGGUCCUUCUAUACCACCAGUGGGGUGGGAGCGCCCUGCACGAAGCGGUCCUCCUGAUGGUGUCCCGCCAAGCACCACAAGCCCUUCUGCACUGAGGAGUACUGCUUUGGACUUCAGUGAGGAAAACGAUGCAGAUGAUGAAGGUGAAAUAUGGUACAAUCCAAUCCCUGAAGAUGAUGAGCCAGACUUGCUGAGAGUCUGCUCUUCUGCUGUGAAUAGCCCUGUUGCUAUGGGCUCCCCAACGGUCCAGUACAAUCCCCACCCUGGGGGUGACUCUGGGAUGGCGGUGGGUCUCCAUGAGGGUGCCCCAUGCUCCAUGCAGAGUGUGGGGAGCAGUCGGAUGGCUCAUCCCAGUGAAGUGAGUCAGGCUGAUGCCUUGCAUCCUGGGGAGCACUUUCAGCAGCACCGGCAGAGGUUUGGCUCCAAAGCUCCAAGUAUACCAGCAGUCGAGGACAAUCCUGCCUUUAAGUGCCCUUCAGCAGGGUCUGGAGUUGUACUUGCACACAAGGCUGAUAUACCCUCAACAGAGGUUUCUCCUCCAAGUCCCAGUCCUCUGAAAAAAAGUGGAUCAAUCAACUGGCCUUUCCCUGAUAGAAUUAAGUCUCCCAGGACUGUGAGGAAGCUUUCCAUGAAAAUGAAAAAACUGCCAGAGCUGAGCAGGAAGCUGAGUGUCAAGGGAACAUCAAGCCAUACUAGUUCAGAUAAUCCUCCUUCCCAGCAGAAAGGUAGCUGUCGAGAUACAAGCCAUACAGUGUCUUUGCCGUCUUCUGGAAACUCAAGCACAGCUGCCAGCAGGAACGUAAUAAGCCGUUACCAUCUCGACAGCAGUGUGUCAUCACAACACACCUACAAAAAGAAAAGCUCAAGGAGCUCCAAAUCCUUCAGCAAAGGUGGUUACCUCAGCGAUGGUGACUCUCCUGAACUUAUAUCAAAAUCAGGUAAACAUGGACAUGAAACCAAAUGUGGGAAAGGAAAGGAGAGCCUUCCGAGUAACAGUGGUAAAACUGAAAUAGAUAUCGAUGCUUUCAGACACUACAACUUUUCUGAUCAACCAAAGUGCUCUCAGUACAUCUCUGGACUCAUGUGCAUCCACUUUUAUGGUGCUGAAGACUUGAAACCACCAAGAAUAGAUUCAAAAGAUGUCUUUUGUGCAAUACAGAUUGACUCAGUAAACAAAGCAAGAACAGCCCUGCUUACAUGCAGGACAACCUUUCUAGAUAUGGACCACACGUUUAACAUAGAAAUUGAAAAUGCUCAGCACUUAAAGCUGGUGGUGUUCAGCUGGGAACCCACCCCAAGGAAAAAUCGGGUGUGUUGUCAUGGAACUGUGGCUCUUCCCACUCUCUUCCGAGUGACAAAGACACAUCAGCUGGCUGUCAAGCUGGAACCAAGGGGGCUUAUUUAUGUCAAGCUGUCACUCAUGGAGCAAUGGGAAAACUCGCUUGAUGACCUUGAUGCAGGUCAAGAGCCCGUGAUGUUUGGGGUGGAUGCUCGAAAAGUUGUAGAGAAGGAAAAUGUGGGCUUGAUGGUGCCACUUUUGAUGCAGAAAUGCAUUCUGGAGAUUGAGAAGAGAGGCUGUCAGGUGGUGGGACUGUAUCGGCUUUGCGGCUCAGCAGCAGUUAAGAAAGAGCUUCGAGAGGCAUUUGAGAAAGACAGCAAGGCUGUUACGCUCUGUGAAAGCCGGUACCCAGAUAUUAAUGUCAUAACAGGUGUCCUAAAGGAUUAUCUACGAGAGCUACCCUCUCCCCUGAUAACCAAGCAGCUCUAUGAAGCAGUGUUGGUAGCCAUGGUGAAAAACCCCUUGAAAAUGACAGCUAACGGUUGUGAAAAUGACCCAAGUGACUCUGAGCAUGCUGCAGCCCUUCUGGAUUGCUUGCCAGAUGUUGAGAAGGCUACCUUGAAGAUGCUAUUGGAUCACCUGAAACUGGUGGCUUCUUACCAUGAAGUAAAUAAGAUGACAUGCCAGAAUUUAGCCGUGUGCUUUGGGCCAGUAUUACUGAGCCAGAGGCAGGAGACUACCAACCACAACAACAGAGUCUUCACAGACUCAGAAGAGCUUGCUAGUGCUCUGGACUUCAAAAAACACAUAGAAGUGCUUCACUAUUUACUCCAACUGUGGCCAGUGCGUCACUCACCUAUCAGAGAACCAGCACAUCUGAAUGCACCUCCUGAGCACCCAUCCUCACUGAAUUACCUGAGACCCAAGAGGCAGAGACCUCAAAUGCUGAAUCUGAGCAGUACUGAGAUGUCCGGAGUACUCAGACCAAGGCCAGCAGGUCUGGACAGCCCAUCAAGCAACCGCUAUGCUGGGGACUGGAGUAGUUGUGGGGAGAACUACUUCUUAAACACCAAAGACUGCCUGAGUGAAGCAGACUAUGAUGAUGUCCCUUCAGAAGAUACAGAGAGUGGAGAUGACAGCAGCAAAGCCGAUGAGUCAGAUGCCCUGGUAAGGCACCCCCAGCCCAGCCCCAGGGAGCACACAUUUCACAGCUAUUUGACAAUGCAAGCAAUAGACUCUGCAGUGGAUCACAGAGCAAACCUCAAAGACCUGCAGGAAAGUAUUGAUACUCUGAUAGGAAACCUGGAAAAGGAACUCAACAAAAACAAACUGAAUAUGAGUUAUUAAAUGCUAUCCCAUGCAACACCUCCUCCUUGUGCCUCCAUGCCCUUCACCAUAGCUGUGUAAGGACUGACAGUGUCUCUGAAUGCCUUGUGGUAAGGCCACAGCUCACCUUGCAUUAAUAAAUUUUAAGCCAUUCUGUUACCUUUCUGCCUUUUUGUUAGAAGAUGUUGGCCUGAUUUGUGUAUUGGAGACAAGCUUAGAGACCAUGAGGUGGUUCCACAUAGUGGCACUUCUCCCUAAAAACAUUAUGCACUUAGGUGGUCUAGGCAAUACCUGGCAGAAGAUAAAGCAAUAUUUCCACUGUCAGUGGCAGAAGAACUCCUUGUUCCUAAACCUCUGGCUCUGGUACAGAUGUUCCUCUCGGAAGAGGAUGAACGCUGCUUGGCCUGAGUUUUGCAGCAUGGACUUCAGAUAGACUUGUUUUUCUAUAUAUGCAAUGGCUGCUACAGAAAAUGCUUUAUAUAUAUAUAUAUAAUAUUUAUAUAUAAAGUUUAAAUUGUACAAAUACUAAUGUAUUCCUGUAUUAACACUUUUCAGUAAUUAUUUAAACAAUCAAAAAUUAAAUAUUUUUCUAACCUUGUUUGUAUAUAUCUGUGUAUAAAUGUGCCCGUGUCUGUAGCCACUUGGGAGUAGGAGAGGUCUCUCAGAACUACAGAAUGGAUCCUUUUCUAGGAAGACACAUGCAGUGAUGCCAAGUGAAUUUACCUCUUGGGUAACACGGCGUUUGAUUGAUUCACAGAGACAUGGCCAGAGAGAAGGCAGGGUGAAUGAUUAAUAUGAAUGACCUUGUGUGUUGCAGGGCCAUCCGUUCCCAGGUG